CUGUCUGUCUGUCUGUCUGUCGACUGCUCUCAGUUCACUCUGGGCUCAAGUCAGAUACCCUCUCUCAACCUUUCAGCUCAUCCACCUCGCCCCUUCGUUUCUCUUCGUAGCCAUGAGGACCACAGUGGCCGCUGUUGUCAUGGUGAUGUCGUGCUUGAUUAUGGUGCAUGCAGACGUGAAGCCACAGAAAGAUUUCUCCCUGCAGAGGUUUGCAGGGAAAUGGUACCGUGUGGGCCUGGCCUACGACUCUCCACGUUUUGCCCCGUACAGAGACAGAAUAAAGGCCUCCAUGGGGAUUAUCACACCACUAGCAAACGGCAACGUUAACCUCACAAUGUGGGAUAUCACACCUAUGGGUUGUCAGAGUAAGAUGUACCAGUAUGAGAAGACUACCGUACCCGGACAGUUCACCUACUUCAGCACACGCCAUAACAUGGUGAAGGACAUCACAGUGGUGGCAACGAACUACACUGACUACGCUUUGGUUCUCAAACACCAGGUCUUCAACAGAGAGUACACGCAGGUGGCACUUUACGGUCGCAGUCAAAGACUCAGAACUGACAUCAUUCAGAAGUUUAAAGCCUUUGCUCAGUCCCAGGGUUUCCCCAAAGAAUCUAUUCUGACUCCACCUCCAGCAGAAAACUGCCCACCAUCAGCAUCUGGACGUCAGGUGUCCUAAUGCUGCUACAGCUUCCCAGUCUAUUUUUUCUCCAGCAUUGACUAUGAAGUACAUUCUCCAGCAACAUCAUCGUUUUGGCUGCAGAUGAUAAAUAAAAAACAUUACUUAUGGAUUUUGUACACCAUCCUCUUUUAUAUAGAGAUUUACAUUAUUUUCAUAGUUCUGCUGUUUCACAUUUAAAUAAACGAAAUUAACCUC